GAGGACGCGAGACGAUAUCGCGAACCACGACUAACACGGUAUCGUAAUUCGUAAUCGCAGCGAGGCAGUACGCGAGUGCGGCCACGGCCUCGACCACGACUACCGAUACCGAUACCGAUACACUGAACCGCCACCACAUUCGGCUACUCGAUGUCCACUGCCAUAGUGCGAGUGACGAGUGUAUCCGCGUAAUACUCGUAUACCGUUUCGUUCGUCAUCUUUUUGAUUCUUUUUUGCGAUUUUUUGUUUUUUUUACGCGCGUUUAAUUUCUCGAAUCGAAACGAUCGUUUAUUAUACUCGUAACUACGUAACGUAAGUAAAGGCAUUUCGUGUACGGAUUAACUCGUCCUCGUCGGUUGUUCGGAAGUGCAUCAACCACGUGAUUCACAUACGAGUACCUAGACCUACGUACGUGUACGUGUACGUGUACGUUGUACGUAUACCGUACCGAAUUGGUGAAUUUGCAGCGUCAGCAUUUCCGUAUCCCCCAUCUAGCAUUCCGCGUUCCUCGUAGGACUAGGUACUACUGUUUCAUUCGCAGCAUCUCAACGCCAACACCUUGUCAUCUCAGCAUCUCAGCAUUUCAGCAUUUCAGCAUCUCGUCCUACACGGAAGCGCGUGCACCGUAAACUACUCGUACGAGUACAUUCGUCGUUGCCUAGGAGAGGUGUGAGGUAUAUUCGGCAUCCACCAACCACCAACCACCGACCACCAACCACCGACAGCCAACAGGUAGAAAAAUGCGUACAGAGCUCUGCACAACCGAGUCCGAGUGCCAAGUGGCAAAAUAGAGAGAUACUCGUAGAAGGCGGCGACGUAGCUAUGGCGGCCACAUCGACGAUGGCGAUUGCGGCAUGCACCAAUUCGCAUCCGCGUCAUACCGGUUGAUACGUGUACCGCGUACAAACUCGCUGUUGGAUAAUUGGUAUUGGUAAUGCGUUGGGCUGAGACAAGUGGUGCCAGUGGUGGCCAGUGGGCAGUGCUGCGACUGCGACUGCGACUACGACUACGACUACGACUGCGAUGAAUGCGACAUCGUUUGUAGCGGGAGCGGCGGAGGCGACUGGGGCAGCGCAAAACUUCACCGGCCCCGUGGAGGAGCUGUACCAAGUACCGCCGUACAUGGUCAUCCUAUUGUCCAUCUGCUACGGAUCGAUCUCGGUUUUGGCCACAGCCGGCAACGGCCUAGUCAUUUGGGUGAUUGUCGGCAGCCGAAGAAUGCGAAACGUCACCAAUUACUACAUAGCGAAUCUGGCCCUGGCCGACUUCUUAUUGGCUGUAUUCGCCAUACCGUUUGAGUUUCAGGCUGCUUUGCUUCAAAAAUGGAAUUUACCGAAUUUCAUGUGCUCGUUUUGCCCAUUCGUCCACUCGUUGAGUAUUACGGUGAGCGUAUUCACUUUAACUGCGAUCGCAGUGGACCGACAUCGAGCCAUUCUAAAUCCAUUCACGGGACGAGCUUCGAAGGCGGAAUGCCAAAUAGUGAUAUCUCUAAUAUGGAUUUCGGGAAUCCUGUUGAGUUUUCCAAUGGGUUACGCGAUGCAAGUCAUCUACCUUGCUGAUGAAAACAAUAAACCGUUCUGCUUUACGGUCAGAUUCAGCGAACAAACCAUGCAAAUAUAUCGAACAACUUUGGUAUUAUUGCAGUACGUGAUGCCGCUGAGCGUCAUUAUUUGGGCUUACUCCAGCAUCAGUUUCGCGCUGUGGGGAAAUACAACUCCUGGAAAUGCGCAGUCGGACCGCGAUGCCAAUUUGAUGCGAAAUAAAAAAAGGGUAAUUAAAAUGUUGGUGAUAGUAGUUGCGUUGUUUGCUUUAUGUUGGUUACCGUUACAAACGUAUAAUAUACUGCAAGGAGUUUUAUCCGAAAUCAACGAAUACAAAUACAUCAAUAUCAUAUAUUUUUGUUUUGACUGGUUCGCUAUGAGUAAUAGCUGUUACAACCCGUUCAUCUACGCCAUUUAUAACGAAAAAUUCAAAAGAGAAUUUCAAAUGAGAAUCAGUAAGCUGAGGUUACGCAAAGAAGAAAAAAAGCUCAGACGUGACUUGAGCUUAUUUUCUAGCGGCAGAUACGAAUGGAGAUACAAUUCGACAGUGCGAGAACACUGUUCAAUGCCGGCCAAUGAAACGCUUCUACUAAAGGAAAGCCCGUCGUGCUAGCGAUCAACAAUAAUGAACCAACAAUCACCGUAUUGCUUCUAUACAUACCUAUUUCGCGUACCUAUUCCUUUUUUUCCCAUUCCUUUCGAUUGUUACUCCUUUUUUACCCGACCAACUCACUCGUAAUAGGUAAACAAUUGAACAUCAAGCAUAAGCACAUUAUGGUUUGUGGUGUGUGCCAAAAACAGUUGGUCUUGAUACCCCAUACCGAUUACCGAUUACCGAUUACCGACCAUGCCUGAUACCAUACGUGAUGUAAUAAACGAAGAAUCAAGGGGUUGUGGUAGCAUCGUCGUACCGAAACAAUUGUAACGAGCGCAUGUAAAUCAUUCGAAGACAGCGAAAGACAAUGGAGGGAUUCAGCAAGUAAAUUUCUACUACGAUUGUCUUGAAAACCUCGCUAUCAAGUUUGUUUUAUUUGCGUCCAAAAAUCACAAACAUGGAAAAAUUGCGGACAAUUGCAAGCCUCCAUGCAUGAUCUAGUCAGUCCAGUGAGGCGAGAAAAACUGAAACGUACUUAUCCUUCUACAAAUGUGGUACUUGGUUCCUACAUUGAAUUCACAAUACGAAUGCAGGUACAUAAGUUAAAUUUUGAUGUGUGCAUUUAAAAUGCUCGACUCGAUCACCUACUUACGAGUACAUUACACCAGUCUUGAUGUCAGCGACCGCACCUGCAUGUAUGUACCACGUACCUAUACGCUAUAAUAUGUACAUUGUACCUAUGUAAAUUAAUUGUAAUGUACAGAUAAAAUCAAAUAUUUUUUUUUAAUAUAGUACGCAAUACGCAUGCAACCAAAUGUUGAGAUCGAUUUUACUUACUACAUAGUACAUACAUAAAUAUUGCACCCGGUACCUAUGCUAUAGCUGAAUGUCUACCAAACAUACCCAAACCUAACCAAAAUCAAAGUACCUACGAUACAUCUACUAGUACAAUACAGAUGUAUUCGUGUUUUUUGUAACAUUCGCAUUCGCAUACCUAUUUAGCGAAUUAUUCGCCUGAUCUGAUCUGCGACACACUGAACGUAUGUACAUGAUUAGAACACCAACUCGAAAACAGCAGUCACUGACGUAAGAAGUUUCUGUUUCUUGCACUCGAUGCGGGAGCAAAUUGCAAGUCACGCUAACGAUAACGAUACGUCAGCGUCACAAAAAAGUAUUGCCAUUUUAAGGAUGCAAAAGCGAGCUUACAAUUAGGUAGGUAACAGGUAUUACCGUUUCAAAUCCGACAAGAAGAAAGUACAUAUAAUACACACAUCACAUAUUUAUACGUAUAGGUAUGUAUGUAUUUGCAUAGCAAAGUACAUACGUAUAGGUAUGUAUGUAUUUGCAUAGUAAAGUACAUACGUAAUUUCGUAUGCAUGCGUUUGAGUACUAAGAUCCUUCUCUAGUUCUUAGGUAACCGAAAGUUGAUGCAUUCAUUCUAAGUAUUUUGACGUUUCUUACGUACCUACACCUAGGUUCUAGUACGCUUAAUUUGUACAGUAAAACGAAAAAAAGUGUCUGUACAGAUCACGAGCUUUUCCUAUAAGUAGAUAUUUAUUGACGACUAACAAUGCUUCUGCCAUGCCAUUUGAUCAGGUAUGUAUGUACGUAUGUACUCCAUCCCGUAUUUGUCACUCGGUUUCGGUGCACUUUUUUUACACAAGACGCUCAAAUUUUCAAAUCUCGAUUCAGAAAAUAAACGAGGGCAAUUUAGAAGGAUUGGGUAUAAGUACAUGUUACAUACGAGCACAACAUUUUCGGAUCCGGCUACGAUGCCAAGAUAAGAGCUACAAAUUUGUACCUUCAAGUAUCGUGCGUGUAGGUCUGGGCGUGUAGCUGACUAGCUGUGUAGUGUUAACUGUGUAGGGUGACAGGGUGUAAUGUACGCGUAGUAGGUAAAAAGUAUUAUAUGAUGUACAAUGCAGGUCUACUGUAAACCAAAAUUCCACGUUAUUUAUUCAGACAUUUUUGUUUAUUAAUACGUAAGUUCUUUCACUCCAAAAAGUCGGUUACCUUUUGAUUUUCUGUGUUCUGUGUUAUACGAAUUAAUUACUAACAUAAGCAUUUAUAGUACCUACACACGUACAUAUAGGUACAUCUACAUAAUAUGUACUUAAAAGGUAUGCCGAUCUGUACGUUUGCGAUUCAUCAUCAUCAAUUAUUUUAUUUAAAAUAAUGUACUUUACCUACUUAUUCGUGUACCGCGCUUGCAUGUAAAUUGUAGCUCAUAUAAGUAAUUUCUCUAAGUAUUCAUUCAUUUUUUUCUCAUUCGUUCUAUGUACUUAUUUUCAUCGAUUAAGAAUCUAUUAUUGUAAUUAAAGUCUGAUCGUGAGUA